UCUUUCUUUUUCAGUCCCCUCCGCGGAAGUAUAGACGCAUUUGUCUAUAUUCCGUUCGUUUUGUUUUUUUUAAUAUAUGCAUUAACCCCCUGUAAUUUCUUUAUACGAAAUGGAGGCGAAGACGGAAUUGUAGACAUGCCUCGAUUCGACCUGUUUUUUUAUUUAAUCUCAGUUUAAUGGACCGGAUGAUCUCCAAGUCGGACUGCGUUUCCCACAGCCUUGCAGGGGAGGUUGCUGUAUCCAGUGGGGAGGUAGGCUUUUCCUGGGUUCGUGAUGAAAUUUGCCGAACCCACGGAAGGCCAGAAGCUGUCUUUUCUCCUGGAAAAGGCUGCUUCUAGGGAAGCCGAGCUGUGGAGAAGCUAUGUGCCUAAGAAACCAGCCAACCAGGAUACAGAUAUCUCCCCUGCCCAUCGUGACGAGGCCGUGCGGUGGCUCACUGAUGUGCACCGGCACUUGAAGCUUUAUCCAGAAACCCUCUGUUUGGCGAUCUCCAUCCUCGAUCGCUUCCUCUCCACCAUUAAGGCUCGUCCCAAGUACCUGCGCUGCAUUGCUAUCACCUGUUUCUUCCUGGCAGCUAAGACAAGUGAAGAGGAUGAGCGUAUCCCUGCUCUUAGAGAGCUGAUCAGCAGCAGUGCUUGUGGAUGUACUCCUUCAGAGGUGUUGAGGAUGGAGAGGAUCAUUCUGGAUAAACUCAGCUGGAACCUGCAUACAGCCACUCCGCUCGAUUUCCUGCACAUUUUCCACGCAAUGGUGUUCAGCUGCAAGGCUGUGAGUUCAGGCGUGUUAAUGGGUCUGAAUCGAUCGCAGCACCUUGCCCUGCUCACUCAGGAGCUGUUGCACUGCCUUUCCCACAAUGCACUGCUGCAGGAGCGUGGCUCCAUGCUGGCCCUCGCUCUCGUCACACUGCAGCUGGAAAACCUCUGUCCUGAUUGGCUCGCUCUUGCUGCCGGCCUGCUUCGCAAAGUUCAGAUCGACAGCUCCAAGCUGAUCGGCUGCCGAGAGCUAGUGGCACGUUGCCUCUCCACACACACGGCAUCCCUGCCUCCCAACACUGUGUACGUCUGCCACCCACUGCAAACCCCUCACGACCCUUGCGUGCCCUUUCACCCCGUCCUGCCCGCUCUGCCGCUGCGCAGGAAGCCCUCUGCCAAGCGCAAGGUAGAGCAGAUGGAUGUGGACGAAUACUUCGAUGGCAUCAAGCGUCUCUACAAUGAGGAGGAGCCAGGAGGAGGGGGUGGGUCUACUUCUGGGUACAUGUCCAUAGAGGGUGAUUCCACGCCAUGUCCCGCCCUUCAGCCUGUCACCGCCUCCUAGCAACACGCUUGGGGUUGAAAUGGGGCCAGACCGCAGUCAUGACAGUGUCCCUUAAUCCUUUAGAGCAGAACAGAGCUAAAACACACACACACACACACACACAUGAAAUAUACCGCAGUUCAUUCAUAACCAUCUAUCUGUCAGGUCUACUCACAAGUUCAUGUUUAAAAUGUGGAAAAAAGGAAAAUAUUCACAAACAUGUAGGAGAUACUACUCCCCAGCCCACUCAUCUCUGUCAAACUCUCUGUCUCUAUAUCACUGUCAUAUGUCUCGCAUAUAUCUGUGAAUAAUUUAGAUCUAACUUUAUCUGUAUUUAUCUGUGUGUUUUCCCCUGCACACUGUCCGAGUGCUGCUUUUAUUCUUUCUUUUUUUUAUUUUUUGUCCGAGUGCAUAAUACCUGAAUGUUAAAUUUGCUAAAUUUGAUUAAAGCUAAUGUUUUAUAAUGCCAUUGUUAAAAUAGUUAGAAUUAAUUCAACAUUUUAAGAAAAUGAUUGAUUUUUUUUAAAUUUUUUUACUACACUUUAUAUUUCUCUCUCUCUCUCUCUCUCUCUCUCCCUCUCUCUCUCUCUCCCUCUCCUAUUCUGUUUCUUUCCAUGUCUUGGCCAUUUAGGUGUGUGUGUGGUUGAACAGUGAUAAUAUCCCUAUCACUUCUGUUAAAAGAGCAUUAACUAAGAAUUCAUGUGAACACACCAUCCAAUCACACGUGGCACAAGAGACACAAGUUUUAGUGUUUGUUCGAAAAGAUGAUGUAUCUGUAGGAUCACUUCUUUAACAAAAAAAAGGUUGAAAAAAAAUGUACAAAACCUGUUGAAAUGGCACAAAAAAAAGCUUUAGACUAUUACCAUUCCGUUUUCUCUCAUAAUCUUUCUUCUCUGGCUCUGUUCUUCUCUGAAGAGAGAAGGGAUGCUCGCACUGCCGAAAACAUCACCAUAAAGGUUCAAAUAAAUGGAAACUGUAACACA